AUCGUAGAUUCGUAGGGGUCGGUGAAUCUGAGUAACAAAAAUGCGAAAGCAUAUAGGCAGGUCCUCCGUCCAAAUCAACAAGCCAAAGAACAGCAGGCGUAGCAAAAGCUGUGUGGAAGCGGAAAGGGCACUGCAUGGAAGCCAGCCUGCGCUGCUGGUGCCCCAGAAUCUGAUUCCCAGAAAGCACAUCGAUCGAGCCCACACGGGAAUGAAUCACACUCGAGUGAAGUGACCAUAAAAGAUCAGGCUCACAAGCAGUCAAGCCGGGGCAGUAAGCAAAGCAAAGCACACCAAAGCGAGCAUCAAGCCACGCCUCGCACGCUAAUCCCAUCCUUUCCGCUGCUGGCUGCCCUUAACAACUCUCAGUCCUCGCUCUCCCUGGGGCCUUUUCACACUCUGCACCUCGCCUCCGGCCAGUCGAAGCCGCGUCGCCGUCGCGUCGCCGCCUCGCCGCCAAGGGGAGAAGAGCUCCUCGAUCUGUCUCCAUGGACUACAGGCAGCCCUACUGCAUGACCCUGAGGAUGAACAUCGACUGCAACGGGUGCUACCAGAGGAUCAGGAGGGCGCUCCUCCAGAUGCAAGAGCUGGAGAGCCACCUGAUCGACAAGAAGCACGGCCGGGUCAUAGUGUGCGGCGUCUUCAGCCCGCAGGACGUGGCCAUCAAGAUCAGGAAGCGGACCAACCGCCGCGUCGAGAUCCUCGACGUCAGCGAGGUCUCACCGCCCGCCCCAGAGGGCGCCCCCGGCCACAUGCCCUGAAGGAGCCACGCCACCACUGCGUGCUCUGGAGCUCUAGGCCUGCUUGUCAUUCUCUUCAGCAACGGCAAGGCAGGCCCGCCUCAGAGGAUGUAAGCAUGUGCCUGGCAUGUUUUACCUUCUUGUAACUUAGGAAUCCUGCAUCAUUUUGUUCUGUAACUGUAAGGCGGCUUAUUGAAGUAGCCAGAAAAUUUCAGUACCGUUCUAAAAGUCCAUCUGAUGCAACCAGAGAGGCUAUGCUCUUUUGCUUUAACUAUGCUCAAAACAGGAAAAAAUGAUUUUGCUGAAUUUCUUGCGAAUUAGUAGUAUCAUCCAGUUAGACACAAACAAGAUACUGUACAGGAAGCAUCCUCUAUCAUUAUUAAUGCUA